AUGAUUGUUUCAUUGUUCCAACCAAAGGCAUGGCUCUUUUGCAUGACCUUACUCAAAAUCACUUCAGUAUCUGCUCAACACGAAGGUUGUAGUUAUAGUUGUUUUGUUGCUCAAGAAGAAAUCAAAAACUGUGGAGAUGAUAAUUACUGUCUUUGUGGAGACUAUCACGGAAGAUUUCGUCUAAAUGCUCCUGUCUGUGGUAGUACUUCUUGUCCCAAAGAUGUUCGUCAAAGUAAUUUAGAGUCAAUGCUUCCAUAUUUCCAAAAAUGUGGUAUCAAUUAUUACACUGAUGACUUUGAUGUCACUGCUUCUUCAGUAUCUUCUGUUGAAAAUGGUGAGGUAUCUUCUUCAUCAGUUCCUGAAGAUGUUUCAAGUACUCCAUUAGGAGACGAAACUUCUUCUUCUUCUAUUGUUGAUGAAGUUUCAAGUACUUCUUUAGAAGGUGAACCUUCAUCCUCUUCUAUUGUUGAUGAAGUCUCAAGUACCUCUCUGGGAGACGAAACUUCUUCUUCGUCUAUUGCUGAUGACAUUUCAAGUACCUCUCUGGGAGACGAAACUUCUUCUUCGUCUAUUGCUGAUGACAUUUCAAGUACUUCUUUAGAAGGUGAACCUUCCUCUUCUUCUUCUUCUUCUUCUUCUGAUGAAGUCUCAAGUACCCCUCUGGGAGAUGAACCUUCAUCCGAAAUUUUAUCGUCUAGCUCAAGUGAAGUCAAUGAUAAUGGUGAAUCUUCAUUGUCUUCCACACCAUCUGGUAAUGAUGAUAGCACUUCUAUUGAAGGGAACUCUAAUAGCGAAACUUCCCCUGUUGUUGGUGGUGAAGAUCCAUCUGUGAGCACUGUUAUUGAUGGACCCAGCUCAUCUUCAUCAUCGGAUCCUGGCUCCAAUGGUGAUGGUGGAAAUAAUGAUAACAACAAUGGUGACUCAGGCUCUAAUUCUGGAGGAAAUGAUAAUAAUAAUGGUGGUAAUAAUGAUUCUGGCACUGGAUCUGGCACUGAUUCUGGCUCAGGAUCUGGUUCAGGAUCUGGCUCGGGAUCUGGUUCAGGAUCUGGUUCAGGGUCUGGUUCUGAUUCUGGCUCUGGUUCUAGCUCAGGUUCUGGUUCUGAUUCAGGUUCAGGUUCAGGUUCAGGUUCAGGUUCAGGUUCAGGUUCAGGUUCAGGUUCAGGUUCAGGUUCAGGUUCAGGUUCAGGUUCAGGUUCAGGUUCAGGUUCAGGUUCAGGUUCAGGUUCAGGUUCAGGUUCAGGUUCAGGUUCAGGUUCAGGUUCAGGUUCAGGUUCAAGUUCAAGUUCAGACUCAGGAAAUUCUAGUGGUUCUAGCGGUUCCAACAGCAGCAGUAGCUUUCGAGCUACUGGUACCACUACCACUACCACCGCAAUUUCUUCCAAGAAUACUGCAACAGUAUCAGGCACUAGUCUUACAGUACGGACAUCUACAUCAGGUGUAACUGCCACAUCAAGUGCAAGUUCUAUAGCUUCUUCGUCAGCUGCUCAAGCUAACGAUGCUUCUCAAAAGAAUUCUCACAUGUGGGGUGGUUCUUUAUUUGGAGCCGUUGCAGCAUUGGGAAUGGCCUUGUUAUAA